AUGAGAUGUAAUGAGAAUGCCUUGGAAGAGGAUUUGGAACGCAUACCGGAGAAGUUCUGGCCCCGGGUUCUCCAGUUUUGCCCGCGACCCGGAGCUGUUGAGGCGCUGCGGCCCAUCUCGCAGCAGCGGCCCUCGGGGCGUCCGGCCCUGUGGGGUGAAUUUCUGGCUGCCAUGGCCGCCACCGGCUUGCGGGCCUUCGGGACAAAGGGGCCCGGCUGGCUCCAGCGAAGCCCCUGGGCUCCGCUCUCCGCCGGCUUCUGCAGCAGGGGUCCGGCCGGGGCCGGGCGGCCGGAGCUCGGGCCGCGACUCACCAGCGCGCGGCAGCGGGACGGCAUCAGGAUCAUUGUCCUGAGUGAUCCGAAGAAGAGGAAUGCGCUGUCAUUAGCCAUGCUGAAAUCUCUGCAAAGUGACAUUCUUCACGAAGCGGAAAGCAAAGAUCUGAAAGUCAUCAUCAUUUCAGCUGAGGGGCCUGUAUUUUCUUCUGGGCAUGAUUUAAAGGAACUGACAGAUGAGCGAAGCCCAGAUUAUCAUGCCGAAGUAUUUCAGACCUGUUCUGAGGUCAUGAUGCUGAUCCAGAACCACCCAGUCCCCGUCAUCGCCAUGGUGAACGGCUUGGCCACCGCGGCCGGCUGCCAGCUGGUCGCCAGCUGCGACAUCGCCGUGGCCAGCGACACGUCCUCUUUCGCCACUCCGGGGGUGAACCUCGGGCUCUUCUGCUCCACGCCGGGGGUGGCCUUGGGGAGAGCGGUGCCAAGAAAGGUUGCCUUACAAAUGCUUUUCACCGGGGAGCCCAUUUCCGCCCAGGAGGCCUUGCGGCACGGGCUGCUCAGCAAAGUCGUGCCAGCGGAGCGACUGGAGGAGGAGACCAUGAGGAUCGCAGGCAAGAUUGCCUCCUUGAGCCGUCCCGUGGUGGCUCUGGGCAAGGCCACCUUCUACAGGCAGCUGCCCCAGGACCUUCGAACGGCCUACCACCUCACCUCCCAGACCAUGGUGGACAAUGUGGCCCUGAAGGACGGGCAGGAGGGAAUCAAGGCCUUCAUCCAGAAGCGAAAACCCAUCUGGUCGCAGUGAGUGGUCUCACCAGAGACGUGCAGGAAGAGGGGGCCCCCACCCCCCUUCUGACGCCCCAACACCACUGCUGCCUCGUGACUCUGCAAAGGCAGCCUUCUGUGUGACAGUAGCCAUGGCUUCAGUGUGCGUGGUCUGUAGGAAAGGCCAUGAUCCCCUGGGGAAGGCAGGUGGGGAGUCCAAGUGGAAGGCCCGCCAGCCUGUGCCGCUGGCUGGGGAGCGCGGGGGCGGGGGGAGCCUGGUCCUUGAGAUGCUCCUUCCAGGACCAUAAGUGGGGGACCGCCUGACAUGGGAGAAGGUGAGGAUACAGGAGGAUGCCAACCAAGCUCUGCCUCCAGAAAUGUGCCCUGAGGUGGAGGUAGUUCAGGCUGCCCACGAGCGGCCACACAUUUCGAAUCUCCACGAGGUGUUUCUCCACACUGAAAAUCUCCUCGAUUCUGCUUCUUAACAGAAAUGGCUUUUGGACUAAUCUUCUAUGAUUUAAAAAGAUUAAAUAUUGAGAGGGACUGGUAAUUUUAUCUUUCCCCAGCCAGGCUGCAAGCUGUCCAAGAAAAGAAAAGAAAACCAAUGACCUCUUUUCUCUGUAAGCCCGUACUCAGGGGCGCACACCAGGUGCCUGAUGGUUCUGUAAUGAAUGUCCUGGCCAUCCGAGAUCCUGACACCAGGACCCUGGGCUAAAC